UUUUCCUCAACAAGCAGCGGCCGUAAAAGCUAAAAAACCAGUGGUGAAGGAAGAAGCACUAUAUAUACGAGCAAAGCAGAUUUUAGGGUUUUUCUUCACUUUCUCACUCUAUAUCUCUCUUUCACUACAUUCGUUUCUCUCUCUAAAUCUCAUUCUCAUAAUCAUCAGAUCUUUCUGUGUCUCUCUCUCCCUCUCUGGGAAAGCCUCGCUGGUUUUGCUAUUAAAGGGGUAUCUUUUCGAUUGUGUCGCAUUGUAGAUCUAGGGUUUUGAUUGGGGUUCAAGGGUUUUGUGUUUUGUGUUUUGUUUCUGUCCCGACUCGUCAUGGCGACCCCGUUUCACUUGCCCGUAACUGCUGCUCAGGUUGGGACGUACUUUGUUGGGCAGUAUUACCAAGUGCUUCAGCACCAUCCUGAUUUGGUUCACCAGUUUUACAGCGACGCCAGCACUAUGCUUCGAAUCGAGGAGCACGCAAGAGAGGCAGCCUCUGGAAUGCUGCAAAUCCAUUCCCUAGUUAUGUCUUUGCAUUACACUGGCAUCGAAAUCAAGACAGCGCAUUCCCUUGAAUCUUGGAAUGGUGGUGUUCUCGUGAUGGUUUCGGGAUCUGUGCUUAUGAAGAAUUUCAGUGGCAGGAGGAAAUUUGCGCAGACUUUCUUCCUUGCACCUCAAGAGAAAGGGUACUUCGUUCUCAAUGAUAUCUUUCAUUUUAUUGACGACGAGCCUUUUCUCCACCAUCCAGUUGCCUAUUUACCCCAGAGCAGUCUUGAUUCCAAAGUACAUGCUCCAGCUACUAUUCGUGAGCCAGUACCCGACUACAUGCUGGGUGGAGAAACCCAAGCCAGGGAGUUUGUGGUUCCUGCUGAUGUCAAAGAAAAUGGCCAACUUGAUGAUUACAGUUACUCAGAACAACAGCUGCAGCACAUCCCUGAGGCUGCAAGCAUUCUUGAAGACAAUUUUGCUCAAUCUAACGGUUCACUUCAAAGUUCAAUGGAUCCUGUACCAGAGCUCUUGUCUGCUCCUGUUGAGGAACCUGUUGGGGAGCCCCAAAAGCACACUUAUGCUUCCAUCGUUAGUAGAGGACAACCAGCAACACCCGCACCUACUCAGCCCUCUUUCAACAAGUCCACACCUCCUGCUUCAGAGUGGAAUAGUGCACCAGAACUACCUUCUGAGCAGACCUUUCCAUCAUCAAUUGCUGUAGAAAAUUCAGGUGCCGAGGCUGCAGAGGAGGUUUCAACUGUUGAAGAUGAAGGUGAAGUAAAAUCAGUCUAUGUGCGAAACUUGCCACUUACGGUGUCUACUUUAGAAAUUGAAGAGGAAUUUAAGAAAUUUGGUAGACUCAAGUCUGAUGCUGUGGCAAUUAGAAACCGAAAGGAUAUUGGUGUUUGCUAUGCGUUCGUUGAAUUUGAAGAUAUUUCUGGCGUUCAUAAUGCGAUCCAGGCUUCAACGGUUCAAAUAGCUGGACAUCAAGUAUUCAUCGAAGGGCGGAGAGCAAACAGAUUCAAUGCAUCUCGAGGAGGCAGAGGGCGGGGGAGAGGCAGGGGUGGCUACUAUCCAACGGAGGUACCAAGGGGACGUUUUGGUGGCCGGAAUUACGGCAGAGGAAAUGGCUACGAUGGAGACUACCACAAUAGACCCAGGGGAAACGGGUAUUACCGACCAGCGCCACGACAAGACAGAGGGUUUUCACAAGUAUCAAGUGAACAACAGUCAGAGUGAAGGACUUGAGGACUCAGUUCUUUUCAAGUAUUGGGAGAGGUUUGCAUCGUUAUGGUUCUCAAGGCCUCAAUCAUUACGAGGCAUAACAAUUUUUGGUUUCAAUUUUUUUUUCUUUGGUCUCUGAAGGUUGGGAGGUAAUGAUUUUGCAGUUUUGAGUUCUAUUCUAUAAAAGGUAAGUUUGACCUUUUUCUGGGGCAGCUAUUUGGUUUGCUGUUUGGAUAUCAGGUCAUCUUAUUUAUAAAAGCUGAAUCGCGUAUUAUUUUUCUUGCCAA